AUGACUGAAUCCAUCAAGGAAAAUUGGGAGGGAUACCACGUCUUACAUACCUUGAUAUCUCUUACCGCCCGUGUCUUGAGUUUGACUUCCAACAACUUUCAGGAUGACUGCUUGAAAGUCUUGCUUGAUCUGAGACAAAUAUCUCUGUCUUGGAUCAAAACUCUGAAACAGAAAGUCCAGGACUCCAUCGUGGACACCCACAGACAAGAGUUAUCGAAGAAAGCAGUGCUCAUAGCAUUGAUUUGUAUGUCUUCUUUUGAUGUGGAUCCAGCACAUCUACAUGCUGUGCUAUCAGAGCCUCAUAACCUAUCUGUGUUGAUUCAGAUUUCAAUUAUCAUUGAAGAAGACCGCAAUUGUAUCACCUCCACGUUGGACCCGCUAGCUUUGAUAUUGCACGACAACUCGAAGCGGCUAUUGCUUCGGACGAGUACCAUCAUACUUGAAUUCAUCCAUAAUAUCACGCCCUCUGCUCUCAACCAUGCUAUACUACAAUCGUGGUCGGGAUACCCUGGAGGAGCUUCAUGGGGAAAGGUUUCGGAGAAAGAAGUUGAUUGGCUCUUUACAGAGACGGCACAACAAAUUGGAGGGGACUCAUUGGCCAUACAUUAUAAUAUUAUUACUGGAGAACUAUUGGUAAAUGGAGAUCGUCUAUCGCGCCUAUCCACGAAGUAUGAGCAACAUCCCACAUAUCGAGUCUUAUUCGGCUAUUCCUCCUUAGAGAUUAUGCCAAGCGGUUUGCCAGGCAUGAGAUACUCGACCAAGAAAGAUUUCGCCGAGCACACUGUGCACUUCGGUCUCUCAAGCGAAACCUCGGCUGAGUACGACCUCGUGAUCCACGCUAUCCACGAAAAUCAAACCCUGGAACUAGUGCCAUCAAGAUUGGAGUUGCCUAAUCGGAUACAUGUGACACAUUUGGCAUCUACAUCAACCAUUGAAAUCGACCUCCCUCUCCUCAACCUUUCUUUUAACAGACCGAAGUCUGGCCAGAAGAUCCAGUCCAGGCAGUUUCGUGGGUUUUCCAUUGGUGAACACCAAGGUUGUGGCACUUUGAUGAAUUUUCAGAACAAGCUUGUUCUGACACACGAGGAAGAUGAGCACGAACUAGUCCUCCUUUUGGAAGGGCAGUUGAACACUACAAAGACUGAUGAUCAUAUAGUUGUUCGUGUGAAUCAGCUUGCUGCUCGCAAAAAGAAAUUGCUUGUCUAUCUCCGUCACGGGAGUAUUAUCCUGAACAUUCCCAAGAGAUGCAAAGGAGAUUUGAUCCGCCCUUCGACAUUUCGUAUAUCAGGAUUCGGCGCAGAGCUGUCUACAAAAUCCUACGACAGGAAGUACGAGGGCCGUGAUCUAGAUCAGGACUCUGAGUCUGGAAAACGUGUUUUUGUUUCAACGCAUCUCACGUAUCAUGAACGUGGAGAGAUAUGUGACGCUCUAGAGAGAGGCUCAAUAUCUGAAUUAUGGAAGUUUCUCGCCAAAUCAUCAUUGACUCUUCAUGCUGCCCUUCAAAACAAAACUCCGAGGAAUAAGUUCCGCGUCAUGCUCUGGUUAUCAUCAUUAGCAUUUUCCGAAGAAGCCAACAUGCUUGUGAUUCAGAUCCUGAGUUUGUUUUACACGCUAAAGGAUAUGCGUCAGGUGUCAAUCCCUACGGCUUCCAGAUUCUACCUUUCUCGGGGAUGUGACUUUAGGAGCUAUGAACUAAAAACUUUUAUUGAAUCUUCUAUUCGACCCAUGAUAGAAUGCCCGGAAGGAGACAUAACGCAAGGCAGUUAUGAAACGCCGUAUGAGUUUCAGACGAGAAGGGAAAUAUCUUAUGUGAACAAUCAAGAACUAGCUACCGAGAGCAUUUCAGACUCCAUUCUCUCCGAGAGGAAUGCUCCUAGUACCUUCACUAACAGUCUAAAGCAAUUAGUCGAAGACUUAAGUGCUCAUGCAAAAUCACCUUAUGAAAAUGACUACGUCGCAUACCUUAGAAAGAGUCUCCAGACACUACAAGAGAACCCUGCACAGGAUUUCUCACUGACAGAAGAUUCUAGACUAGUUCAGAACUUGAAAGAAAACCUGUUGCAUCAUCGAAGCCACCUUGCGAGCUUCUAUAGUCGAAUAGUGUCAGCAGUCAAGCAAGCUGAUGCAGUUGUCAAUGAUACCACUUCCCGCAACAGAUACAUGAAAAUUGUCAUGAACGUCGGCCAUGGCCCGCGGUUCGGCCCUAGUCAUUUGCUAAGAUAUCUGAGGGCGCAGCUGUGGUCUUCGGUUCCAGGAUCAUGGCAACAUGCUAUCGUUAGCUAUGGACUUGCAUUUUCUGGGACUCAGCGCGCGCAUAGUCUGGUUGAGUCUAUCGGUAAUCGAAAGAAAUUAACCAAGGAAAUCUGCAAUCGAGGACACGAAAAUUGGGAUCCUGAACGAUACACGGAUUCUUUGCUUCUGGAACUUGAGAACAAUCUCAGAAUUCGUAAUGUCCAAGAAGAAAUUGCUCGUGAAAUGAGAGAUAGACCGACAGGAGGAAAUGCAGUAAUGCAACUAAACAUAGGCGAGGGAAAAUCAUUCGUUAUUGUACCAAUUGUGGCCGCUGCCUUGGCCGAUAGCUCUCGCUCAGUGCGCAUAAUUGUUGCAAAACCUCAAUCGAAACAGAUGUUCGAGAUGCUGAUCCUCAAAUUGGCCGGGAUGCUAGGCAGGCGCAUUUACCGUUUACCAUUCUCACGUGCACUGAAAAUCAAUAGUGCACAAGCCCAAGAAAUUUUUGAGAUGUGUCAAGAAUGUAUGAAGAAUCGUGGCGUUCUUUUGGUGCAACCAGAGCAAAUACUCUCUCUGAAAUUGAUGUGUUUGGAAAGCUUCCGCAUAGAAAAGGACGAUGUGGGCGAAAUACUCUUGAAAACUCAGGCACUGUUCAAUCAAUAUGCAAGAGACAUCGUUGAUGAAAGUGACGAGAAUUUCAGUGUCAAAUUUGAACUGAUUUAUACAAACGGCCAACAACGGCCUGUGCAAUUCAGUCCAGAUAGGUGGAUGGUCAUCCAUCAAAUCCUUGACAUGGUGCGGGAUCAUUUGGCUGCAGUGAAGAGCGAAUUCCCUCGCGUUGAAAUAGCAAGAUGUCCGUGGGAACUUAAUGAACAAGAGGCCCAAGCGGUUGAAAAAGAUUCGACUGAGUUCUGGGGUGAGACGACCCGAGAAAUGAUGCUUCUUCUACGCGGAAUCCUCGCCGGUGGAAUACUAUCUUUUGCAUUCGGUCAAAAACGAUGGCGAGUGAACUAUGGCUUGACUUCUGCUCGUCAACCUCCUACAAAACUCGCCGUCCCUUAUCGUGCAAAGGACAACCCUACCACCCGCUCAGAGUUUAGUCAUCCUGAUGUCGUGAUCCUCUUGACGUCCCUGAGUUACUAUUACGCUGGAUUGCAGGAUGAUGAUUUGUUUGAUGCAUUUAAUCAUCUUUUGAGAGCAGACCAGGCGGAUGUGGAGUAUCAAAUUUGGGUCAGGGAUGCAGACUGCUUGCCGAAGGCGUUUCAUCAAAUAGUUGGUAUCAACCUCAAAGAUCGAUACUUAUGCACUGAGAAACUAUUUCCUUGCUACCGAUUCGCAAAGAGUGUGACCGAUUACUUCCUGCGUCACAUAGUUUUCCCAAAGGAAAUGAAAGGAUUCCCGCAUAAAUUGUCGGCAUCCGGGUGGGAUUUAGGUCAAAUUACAGAUCAGCCCACGACUGGAUUCAGCGGGACAAAUGAUUCACGACGUUUACUACCGAUCGAUGUCAAGCAACUGGACUUGCCUGAACAAAUGCACACCAAUGCUCUUGUUUUGAACUAUCUAUUACAGCCGGAAAAUGAAGUUGUACAGAUCUCAUCCGCAGAUGGACAGAUGAUUUCUAAAGCUCAGAGCGUCUUGGCUUUAGCAAUGCAACAUUCCCCUCCAAUUCAAGUUAUACUGGACGUUGGUGCGCAAAUUCUGGAGCUUAGCAACGUGAAGUUUGCCACGGAAUGGCUCAAGCAAUCUUCUCACCACACCGUACCGGAAGCCAUAGUAUUUUUUGACGAUGAUGACAACCUCUGUGUGGUUGAUCGCAAGGGGCGGGUGGAACUUUUGCAAACAUCACCCUUUGGAAAACACCUUGACGCACGCUAUGUAUUCUUAGAUGAAGCUCAUACCCGAGGUACAGAUUUGGAAUUGCCUGUAAACUAUCGUGCAGCGGUGACCCUUGGUGCCGACAUCACAAAAGAUCGAUUAGUGCAAGGUAUGAGAAUGAGAAAGUUGGGACAUGGCCAAUCAGUGGUUUUCUGCGUUCCAGAUGAAAUUCAAUACAAAAUCCGGGAACAAACAGGCAAAGUCAGUCCCGAAAAAAUCGACGUCUCUGAUGUGCUUAGCUGGGCAAUACGAGGGACCUGGGAAGAUACGAAAAAGAGCAUUCCUCUGUGGGCAGCGCAAGGUGAAAGAUUUGUGUCUCAUGCGAGACUCUGGGAUGAAAUAGCUGGCCACAGCGCAAUGUCUUCCGAGCAGGCCAAGAGUUUCUUAGAAGAAGAGGCUCAAUCUUUGGAGCAGAGGUACCAGCCCGGUUGGAAAACUGACCGGCCAGACCCAUCAGAAAAGCUUCAGGGCGAUAGCAUUUACUCCGAGAUUGUGUCCCAAUGCAAAGAAUUCCACGUUAUUGCUCAUCACUCUGCAAGAAUGAAUGAAGAGCAAGAGCGGGAACUGUCACCGGAAGUUCAACAGGAGAGACAGGUACAAAAGCCACCUAGAGCAGAUCCUGCCAAGCAUUAUGUUCAUUCCGACUUGAAGCGAUUUAUUACUUCUGGCAUCUUGCUAGAUACUUCUUCUGCUUUUCGCCCUGCUUUUGAGGCACUGGCCAGGACCAGUGCAGCAGAGUUCCCACGAGAUUUGUUUGUUACUGCUGAUUUUUGUGAAACGAUCAUACCUAGCGAUCCAUCGUCUUUUCUCUCGGAUUGGUACCAGAGAUCAGUACAAUGGGUCUUGUCAAGUAGAAAUGAAGGCACAGACAGCGACAGGUCCACUAUCAUUAAACAAAUGGUGAUAAUCAGUCCUUUCGAGGCAAAUGAGCUCUAUGAUCUCAUUCAAAACUCGAGAUACGUCACGAUACACCUUUACGGGCCUCGCUUCAACUUGGGGGCUCCAGCACUUGAUAGAUUGGACCUAUACAAUGUUUCUAAUCUAAGAAGCGACAGUACAUCCAUCCCCCCAACGCUUGUCAUUCAGUUGAAUUUGUUUGCUGGACAGCUAUACUUUAGCUCCUUUGGAGAAUAUGUUCGAGUCUGUGAAUUCCUGGGCGUCGCUUGGGAGUCACGCGAAGAUCUCAUCGUUGAUGCUGAUGGAUUUAUCCGGAAAAGCAAUAAUGGAAGAAAAAAUACCUCGACUUUCCAGCACAGUCCUAUCAAGUUCCUCAAGGUUAUGAUCUCCAAGAUCCGAAAAAAUGGCGAAGACAUCGAGAAAACUCAUAUAGGUAAAUUGUUCGAUGGUAUGAUCCUUUGCCCGAGGAUUUCACUGGCGAAACUUGCCAAACCAUGA